CAAUCUGUACUUCUUCCCCCGCAGGCCAUUCUCCAAACAGCAUGUGCCCGAGUAGAGGAUGGCGGACUUUCUGACCGCUGUCAAAUCGGUGCGCACGCAUGAAGAUGUCGACUCUGGAGACACUCUUCUCACCGCCGUGCGAACGAGACCUGCCGCUCCCCAGCCUAGAUCUCGCGACCACUCAGACCCGACGAUCGACGCGGUAACACACUCUCACGAUGAUACAAAAACGGUAGAUCAAUCAGCGAUCUCAUCAGUAGCAGCUGCACCUCUCGAACAAACUCUCCAUGCUCUACGCUCCCAGCCCAACUUGGACCAACUCAUCCCGCUCCUGCGCCAGCUCUCUCAAGAUCAACCGCCAGAUGCGCAUCUCUCCCUGCACGAACCUGGCCCUGUACAAGCUCAGAUCAUCAACACCCUCCUCACUGCCACAUUCUCUGACUACUGGUCCGUCUUCAGUAAGCAACAACGCCGCGAAUUCGCCGCCUGUCUGCGGAACGUCGCUGGACUAAACGCCAUCGUAACCCACCUGAGGCUCACGGAUCCCCUCGCGAAAGACCGACCGAAUCCGAGCAAUGCCUCGACCGUCGACUUGUUGCAACUUGUCCAUCUAGUGUUAGCAGGGGAAGACGCAGUGGCCAAGAUCUGGCUUAGCUCCCAGGCCGCCGUCAAGGAUGGUGUGAAGCUGGACAUGCUCUGGAAGCAACUCACUGCUCUUCUCGCCUCCGGAAAGGUCAUUUCCGCCGUCGCACAGGCCGAGGAUUCAAUCAAGCGUGCAUCUGGGGAGUGGCACUGGCUGUCAAAUGCAGCCGAUUAUGCUGCAUGGCUGGGUCGGAGUAUCGCCGCGCUCCUGGAGCAUUCUUCAAGUGCUGCAGCACAGCUCCUCGCGAGAGCCCUGAACCUGACACCUUUCAAUGCCAUCUGCGAUGGCCUGUACACCACUGCACUGUCCCGCAACGAACCCGGUGGGCGAGCACCUGUCCUCAUCACAGACCUCCUCAGCCACGUCCCGGCAUACUCAAUGCGAACGCUUGUUGAGCAGUCCCUUCGCUGGCUUUCCUCCCUGAGCAUGGCUCCCACAGGGCCAACUGAACAGCAACGAAUGGUCGCCGCAAUCACAGGCCUGCUGUCGACACUCAUCCAAAACGAGAAUACACAGCAAGAUCUGGUCUCCUUGCUGCAUGACCCGAUCGCUUCCAGCGCCCUUUCAUACCCCGCUCGGCGAGCGUCUAUUGCCUCAAUCGCACAGCUGGACAACACCGAUCACUUGUACCGAUUGCUUGAAAAGCUUUUCGCGACUUUCUGUGAUCCUCUUUUCAUCAAUCAUGCUCCUAUUCGCCAGCAGGAGAGCAUCAUCCAGACCCUGCUCCUAGCUUCAGGCUACCUUAACCGCCAAAAUUCAGUGGCGUUUCUCGUCAUCGGAAGGUCGUCUAACGGCAUCCAGGGUGUCAGUAAUCGGCUCGACAGUUCCAAUACUCGGGCACGAUGGUUGGGGAUGGUCGUUGCUACUGCUGUUUCAAGAUUGACGGAUCGCGAGAGCUCAAGGAUGAAUUUUGGAACGGAUGAAAUGGAUACUGACGACGCUCGUUGGUACUUGCAUCUCCCCGACAUUCGCGACCGAUGUGGCAACUUGAGGCUUUUCUCAGAGCUGUUGCAGGCGCAUCAAAUGCAGUCCAAGUCUCCCAGGCCUGUACAACAACCACCAGCGAGAGAGAAGCAACAGAUACUGAAUGGCAAGCCGGUAUUUGGUCCUCCACGGCCGCCCGCUCAGACCGAAGUGAUUGGUGAUAGGAUUACAGAGAUUCUCGAUGACGACGGUGCUUCGGAGAUCGAUGAUUUCAAGCCGUAUGCAAAACCAGACAGCGACCCUGAAGAUAGUGACGAGGAUGCCACGCUGGUGAACCGUGACAAAGUGAGACCACCGGCCUACAUCCGCGAUCUCAUCUCCAUGCUGCGAGACGACAAGAACCAUGAUCGAUUCGAAAUGGGCAUCCGCUCAGCCGCUCCGCUGAUACGACGCAAGCGAGACUUUGGUUCGGAGGUGACAGACCACGCCGAAGAGCUUGCCGGGAUGUUCUGCAACCUACAAGACCCCUUUGAGACUGACAACUUCGACGAGCUCAAACUGCAGGCGCUGAUUGCCGUUUUACUCUCUGACAUUGCAGUGCUAGCGCCGUGGCUCAGCAGACAAGCCUUUUCAGGGGAUUACUCGUUGUCUCAACGUUGCACUGUGCUCUCAGCUCUCGGCUUGGGAGGCCGCGAGCUCGCUGGUCUUGUUGUUGAGGACCAACUGAAUCCCUCCCUGCCAGAUACGAAGUUUCCCAGCAAGCAACUCCCACCCCGCCUUCACUCUCUGUACGGUGGAGUAGGCUCCUCCACAAAGAGUCUAGAUGCCGCCAGCACCUCGACGGAGCGGGCACUCAUCCAACCGCUCGCCCUUCGAGCCGCAGACCAAUCAACCGCCGAACUGAACGCCGUCAAAGUCCGGACGUUCUCGAGCCGUAUGGCCGUCGAGCGCACCAAGCGCAAAGCACCGCCGAAUCGACUGGCGAAGAUCUUCGGCCAAGCGUUCUUCUUCCCCCUCGCGAAUCGAUAUCAGCAGGAAGUCGCCGCAUAUGGCUCGGCGAGCGUGUUUGCCUCUGUGCCAGUCGUGCUCGUUACGUUUCUCAAGACACUAACGCUCUUACUCCAUGCCUCCGGCCCAGCCACGCUCGCUCUCCCUCAGAUCACCGCUGAGUUCUGGGAACUUCUUCUCUCGUUGCGAGUCCGAGCUGUUUCGGACAUCACCAUCCUGCAGACCGUCCUCUUUGCUCUGCUCACCUUGUUGGAAAUGAACACCGACAAGCGGCGCAUAGCCGAGGAGCACCCGCGCGAAUUGAUGGAAACGCAGCGAUGGGUGGACAUGGUGUUCGAUCGAACGGGCGGAGGCAAUUUCAUCGCGGAAAACGAGAACACUGACGAAGCAAAGGUGCGCACGCUCGCUGCGGCUGUGCUGGUCAAGACCAAGGAGGUGAUUGAUGCAUAUCAGAAGCAGCUCGUUGGGUAUGGCCAAUGAUGCGGAGGGAGGGAAUGCGCUCUGUCAAUGUGGAGGCCAAUAGUACAUUCGAUAUUGAUACAACGAAGA